GUUCCGGGGUCAGGCGGCCUCCGCGUUUCAGGUCUCCCGGGCUCCGCCAGUGGUCAGCACCCGCCCCGCGCUGCCCCCGUCGCCUUCGCCAUGGUGUUCUACUUCACCAGCAACUGUGUGAAUUCAUCUCCUUACACGAUCUACAUGGGAAAGGACAAAUACGAAAAUGAAGACCUCAUAAAGCACGGCUGGCCCGAAGAUGUCUGGUUCCACGUGGACAAACUCUCUUCGGCUCAUGUGUACCUCCGCCUGCAUAAGGGGGAGAAGAUCGAGGACAUCCCGAAGGAAGUGCUGAUGGACUGUGCUCAGCUCGUGAAGGCCAAUAGCAUCCAAGGCUGCAAGAUGAACAACGUUGGGGUGGUCUACACGCCCUGGUCCAACCUGAAGAAGACAUCAGACAUGGAUGUGGGCCAGAUUGGCUUCCACAGGCAGAAGGACGUGAAGCUGGUCACCGUGGAGAAGAAGAUGAAUGAGAUCCUGAACCGGCUGGAGAAGACCAGAGCCGAGCGCUUCCCCGACCUGGCGGCCGAGAAGGAGUGCCGGGACCGGGAGGAGCGGAGCGAGAAGAAAGCCCAGGCCCAGGAGAUGAAGCGGAAGGAGAAGGAGGAGAUGAAGAAGAAGCGGGAGAUGGACGAGCUGAGGAGCUACUCGUCACUUAUGAAGGCAGAGAACAUGUCUUCCAAUCAGGACGGCAAUGACUCAGAUGAAUUCAUGUGAACGGAGACCAGGACCUUUUAAAGACACGAGUUUAGGGAUGGCUGCAGAUGUGUUGAUUUCAUCUAGGUUGGGAAUUAUAAAGCCAACCAAAACUCUACCAUCUUCCUACAAAUGUUACCGAUUUUGCAUUUGGGAAAAGAACUCCUUCCCCCCCCCCCCCUUUUUUUUUGCUGACAAAA